GAAGCCCUCGACCUCGUCCACCUCAACCGACAAGCCCAAGCCCGCCGCCUCUUCCUUCUUCGCCCCUCGCUCGACCAAGCCCGCUCCCGCCACCGCCGCCACCGCCGCGUCGAAGGCCAAGGACAACGGCAAGGGCAAGGGCAAGGCGACGCCCAAGCACGACGACGACGACGACGACGACGACGAGCCGAUGGAGCGCGCCGAGAAGGCCGCGAGCGAGAGCCCGAGCGGCGCGGGCGAAGACGAUGACGAGGAGGAUGACGAGGACGAGGACGAGGCCGACAAGGAGGAGCAGAAGAAGGCGGCGGGCAAGAUCGCCGACAUCUUCACCAAGUCGAGCAAGCCCGACAAGGCGCAGACGAGCUGGAAGGCCGGCGAGCCCGUCCCGUACGCCGCGCUCACGGCGACUUUCUCCAAGAUCGACGCGACGACCAAGCGCCUCGAGAUCUCGGCCUACCUGACGCACUUUCUCGUCGAGGUCAUCCAGAAGACGCCCGACGACCUCCUCAAGAGCGUGUACCUGUGCAUCAACCGCCUCGCGCCCGAGUACGAGUCGCUCGAGCUCGGCAUCGGCGAGUCGCUCCUCAUGAAGGCGAUCGGCGAGUCGUGCGGACGCACGCUCGCCCAGGUCAAGGCCGAGUACAAGAAGAUUGGCGACCUCGGCGAGGUGGCGUUCAACUCGCGCACGCGCCAGAAGACGCUGUUCAAGAGCAAGCCGCUCACGGUCCGCGGCGUGUUUGACGAGCUCAAGAAGGUGGCCAAGACGAGCGGCAAGGACUCGCAGUCGCGCAAGGUCGGCCUCAUCAAGGCGCUUCUCGCCAAGUGCGAGGGCGAGGAGACCAAGUUCCUCAUCCGCUCGCUCGAGGGCAAGCUCCGCAUCGGCCUCGCCGAGAAGACGGCCCUCGUCUCGCUCGCGCACGCCGCAGUCACCGCCGAGCACGCCAGGAGCGGCAAGAAGUGGUCGCGCGAGAAGCUGUCGGCCAUGCUCGAGGAGGGCGCCGAGGUCGUCAAGAGCGUCUUUUCGGAGAUCCCGAGCUACGACCUCGUCGUGCCGGCGCUGCUCGAGAAGGGUGUCGCCCACCUGCAGGAGGCGUGCCAGCUCACCCCGGGUAUCCCGCUCAAGCCCAUGCUCGCCAAGCCGACCAAGGCAAUCUCGGAGGUGCUCGACCGGUUCGAGGGCAAGGACUUUACGUGCGAGUACAAGUACGACGGCGAGCGGGCCCAGAUCCACUUCCUCGAGGACGGGAGCGUGCGCGUCUUCAGCCGCAACAGCGAGGACAUGACGGUCAAGUACCCCGAGUUUGUCACGCAGCUCCCGAGGGCCAUCAAGUCGAACACGACGUCGUUCGUCAUCGACGCCGAGGCGGUCGCGUGGGACACCGAGGAGCGCCGCCUGCUCGAGUUCCAGAAGCUGUCGACCCGCAAGCGCAAGGACGUCAAGGCCGAGGACAUCAAGGUCAAGGUCCACCUGUUCGCGUUCGACCUCCUGUACCUCAACGGGGAGGCCCUCCUCGAGAAGAACCUGCGCGAGCGGCGCGCCCUCCUGCAUGAGCACCUGCAAGCCGUCGACGGCGAGUUUGCGUUCGCGACGUCCGAGGACGCGUCGACGGUCGACGAGAUCCAGGCCUUCCUCGACAAGUCGAUCAAGGACGGCUGCGAGGGCCUCAUGGUCAAGAUGCUCGAGGGCGAGGGCGCGAGUUACGAGCCGAGUCGGAGGAGCAUCCACUGGCUCAAGCUCAAGAAGGACUACCUGCAAGGCGUCGGCGACUCGUUCGACCUCGUCGUCAUCGGCGGUGACUACGGCAAGGGCAAGCGCACCAACGUCUACGGCGCCUUCCACCUCGCGUGCUACGACGCCGACAGCGGCACGUACCAGAUGAUCUGCAAGAUCGGCACCGGCUUCUCGGACGAGGCGCUCAAGGCGCACUGGGACACGCUCAAGCCACUCGAGCUGGCGCAGAAGAAGGCCUACUACGACGUCGGCGGCGCAAAGGGCCCCGACGUCUACUUCGAGCCCAAGGUCGUCUGGGAGGUCCUCGCCGCCGACCUGUCGCUCUCGCCCAUCUACUCGGCCGCCAAGGGACUGUGCGGCGACCGCGGCAUCUCGCUGCGCUUCCCGCGCUUCAUCCGGAUCCGCGACGACAAGGACGCCGAGCAGUCGACCGAGCCCGAGCAGAUCGCCGAGGCGUAUCGUCGUCAGGCGAUCCAGAGCGGCGGUGGCGGGCCCGGCAAGAAGCGCAAGGGCGGAGGAGGAGACGACGAGGGGGACUUUUGGUAGUUGGCGAGGUGCGAGACGAGGAGGGACGGGUCGGGAGGAAGUGCUCGGCGAGGCCGGGCCCGCUUGAUGCAACGCUUGAUAGACACUGC